CUCCAAAUAGUAUAAAAAGUCUGUCUCGUUCUUCGAAUAGUCAUUCCGGCGAUUGUCGUCAACUAGCAAGCUUAUCUCUACUUCAGGAGCACAACAGCGUCAACUUCAUUCAAGAUGAAGGCUUAUAUCUGCUUGGUCGUUCUGGUGUGCCUGGGCUCUGUCCUCUCGGCUAAAACUAACGAAGCCGACGAGGUUGCUGUGAAACAAUAUCCAGGAGCACCCUGUGGUUUUGAUUCUCCACCGUGCGAUCCCGGCUUGACCUGCAUGCCAUGGGGAGUGUGCGACAUUCCUUACAAGAGAAUGGCAAAUGUUGAAGCCGACGAGGUUGCUGUGAGACAAUAUCCAGGAGCACCCUGUGGUUUUGAUUUUCCACCGUGCCUUCCCGAAUUGACCUGCACGCCAUGGGGAGUGUGCGACUUUCCUUACAAGAGAAUGGCAAAUGUUGAAGCCGACGAGGUUGCUGUGAGACAAUAUCCAGGAGCACCCUGUGGUUUUGAUUUUCCACCGUGCCUUCCCGAAUUGACCUGCACGCCAUGGGGAGUGUGCGACUUUCCUUACAAGAGAAUGGCAAAUGUUGAAGCCGACGAGGUUGCUGUGAGACAAUAUCCAGGAGCACCCUGUGGUUUUGAUUUUCCACCGUGCCUUCCCGAAUUGACCUGCACGCCAUGGGGAGUGUGCGACUUUCCUUACAAGAGAAUGGCAAAUGUUGAAGCCGACGAGGUUGCUGUGAAACAAUAUCGAGGAGCACCCUGUGGUUUUGAUCUUCCACCGUGCUUUCCCGAAUUGACCUGCAUGCCAUGGGGAGUGUGCGACUAUCCUUACAAGAGAAUGGCAAAUGUUGAAGCCGACGAGGUUGCUGUGAAACAAUAUCAAGGAGCACCCUGUGGUUUUGAUCUUCCACCGUGCUUUCCCGAAUUGACCUGCAUGCCAUGGGGAGUGUGCGACUAUCCUUACAAGAGAAUGGCAAAAUAUUGAAGAUUUCAAAUGCCAACAGCCUCGGGAUGAUGAAGUCGCAAUUGAAUAUUUAUUACGGUGAAGGGUUUAAGUUGUAUUGUCUUUGCCUUGUUCGAGUUAAAUGAGACUUUUUGCAUCUACAUGUAAUUGAAAUUCCCACAAGGAAUAAAAGUUGACAAAGCUAACUCCCGUGAGUAAAUUAAUGACAUAUUUUUCGAUUACUAUUUAAUCUGAUCCUAGUCUGAAUCUUUAUCUGGAAAUGAACAACAACACCCGAUGGGUGUCACGAUUGUGAAGCUACCACUGCGAGUUUCUCUGACACAACUUCCUCCUUUGCAUGCAUUUAUUUAUCAUGUUGUCUUGUUAUUACAUAGGCCUUUCUUUUACAGCUUGCUGAAAUCAGUUUUCACUUACAAGACAUUAUACAGUGAAUUAUGAAGACUUAAAACUGACCUGUAGGCAGAUGAGAAAAAUCAUACGCUAUAUCUGAACUAAACAAAAGCAUGAAAAGUCAUUCUGGGUGGUGGGUCUUAAUUAUUGUAAUCACACUUUUAAGAUUUUCUGUUGAAUAAAUGCUGUUGGCAUGGUAUGAGCUCCUGCGACCAAAGUUA